AGCAAAUUUCAAGCAUAACUUUUCAAUCCGACGUAACUCGAGAAUGUAAACAAAUCCGGGUUAACUGCUGCAUGCAUGAUUCAUAAAGCAAAUUGAAGAAUCCAUAUCACUGUUUGAUGAUUUAUUGCUUAAUUUGUUUAACUAAGCAUAUUAUUCGAAACGACGUAUCUAACUAUUUUGAUGUAUACAACUUUACUGAUAGAUACACCGUUUUGAUAUAUGAGAAAACCAAACGACGUAUCUAGCCAAAAUCAAAAGUAACAGAUACACCAAACUGGCACCAUACAAAAGCGACGUAUCUGGCAUGACGUAUCUCUAACCAACCCGGUGUAUGUGUAUUUUUAUCAAAAUUCAUUGUGAAAAUGAUAUGGAAUGAGUAGGUUGUGUUUCUUACCUAGUGCGUGCUAUAUCCCUGGUGAUGUUAAGCACGAAAAAACUUAUGAAAAGUAUUUUUAUAAAAAACUAUUUUAGUGAAAUGGUCGUCAACAUUGACCAUGAAUUUACUCAGAUCAGUGAAAAAGUUAGAUACGUCGAUUUGAAAAAUUAUGCUUGAUUUGUCUGGAAUUCCUUCAAUCUUCACCUCCUUCAAAAGUAUUUAUUUUAAGUAUUACAGAAAAGUACUACUGAAAAGUGUACAUAAAUUGGACACGAUGGAAUCCGGUUCGUGUCGCGCUUGCUCGCGUACCGAAAAUUUUCGUCGGUUUUCAUUAUAUGCGGUCGCAGAAGCCACCCAGGAAGUAAUCGCCAUGAUGAUUCUCGAAACUAGCAACAUACAGGUUUCAACUGCAGACGGUUUGCCACAGCACAUCUGCUCUGAUUGCUUGAUAGCCCUUAGCUUGGCUUAUUCCUUUCGGCAGCAGUGCCAUCGUGCUGAUGCCAAAUUUCGUGGAAUACACGGAAGAGUGUCGCAUCUAACAGUGGUAGGUCAACAGCAAUCACAUCAACUUCCCGAGAAUCGAUCAUCCCACACUCAGAACACCGAUACGUUUGAAAUCAUAAUCCCUAAAGAGGAGGUCGACCCUGAUGACCACCGCCAUGGAUACAAUGAGUACAGCAGUUCAUCUAAUCACGACAGCCAAUGGGGGAAUCCGAAUGCCCACCAACCCAUUGGCGGAGGAGCAAUGACUGUGGUGCAUAACGUCAGUGAACCGUACUUCGGAGGAGCAUUUGCUGGCAGGAUCAGUGAACCAUCAGAUGCUGAUGACAGCAAUUUGGUGCAACCAAUGGAGGUUACACCGGAAAUGGCAGAAUUUACGGCCCUUGGUCAGAACACAUUGAAGCAGGAAUCGCUUUCCUCGGAGGAAAGUCCGAAAGGUCGCAAGCGACAGCUUACAAAAAAACAGAACACAAAAACAUGCCAACAGGAAAAGGGACAACAAAACCCUAAAGACGGACCCAAAACUUGGAGCGCCGAAACAAUGGAUUCCGCCUUGGAAGCAAUAAAGAACGGCAUGAGCUAUUACAAAGCAUCGUGCUCUUUCGAGAUUCCAAUAGCAACGCUUUAUUGGACAGCCCAGCGGCAAGGCGUCAAAAGUCAGCAAGCCGAGUUUAAUAAAAGUUACAAGGAACAACAGUUGCCGACUGCUUUGGAAGCAAUCAAGGCGGGUCUAAGUGUGACAAAAGCCUCAACAAAGUUCAACAUUCCGCCAUCAACCCUGCGACGACACAUUGGCUAUCAUGGAAUAAAAAUUAAUAGUCCGGAGCCUACGUGGACGGAGGAACAGAUGAGUGAAGCCUUCGAAGCGAUACAAGGAGGUAUGAAUUGGAAAUCAGCGUCCAUCAAGUAUAACAUUCCCUAUGCCACACUCAUCAAGCGCGGAAAACGCUGCGGAAUAUCAUAUCCUGAUCAGAAAAAGCCCCAUGAACAGAUGAGCGAAGCCCUUAAAGCUAUCCAGGACGGAAUGAGUUAUAGGAAAGCAAGAACGGUAUUCAACAUUCCCCAUGGUACGCUCUACCAGCAUGCUAGAGCUAGUGGUAUAAAUCACCCCAAAGCCGCCGCUACUAACGCUAAGAAUGAUAACACUGACAAACCGAUGGGCAUGGCUUCGGAAGCGUGGCCAAGCAGUUCCAACGAGAGUCAUGAGCACAGUGUUGAGGCAUCAGAAUCCAGCAGCUCCCAUCACACAACCAGUGAUGUGAAAGUCAAAACCGAAAAGGAUGUUGACGAAACGAAUUCUUCAUAAAAGUGAACGUUGCCC